CUCUCAUUUUGUCUUUCCGGUUCUGAGUUGCGCCGUGCUGUGGGAUUCAAUCCCCAUCAAUCCUACGCCCCCCCCGCCCCUCCGCCCCUCCGUCCCCCUCGUCGUUGCUUUGCUUUGCUUUGCCAUCUUCCAGAACCUUUAAUUCGUCUAAAAGCAGGCUGUGCUUGUGUACUGGGUUUUGCCCUGCCUCGCCUUCUUAGUCCUCCGCUUGGCCACUCUCUUCUUUUCACCUUCAAGCUGUUCAGGAACUUCUUCUCUCUGUGAGUCGUGACCAGGAGCGCCGUUUCUUGACUUGAGUGAGUGAGUGAGCUGCACACGUUAGCUUUUGUGUUUCUAGAAUCCGCGUCGAAGGACGGAUUUGGAGUUGUUACUCAACUUGGAUCGGUCGUUCCAGUGAGUCUGCCUUUGAGAGCCAUGUCGAAUUACAUGACUGAGCUGUUUUAUGGCAAGCCGGAGCCCGUCUGGGUGAUUAACAACCGGCGACGAAUGGGGGUUGCCGGAGAUGCGUACUACCCCCCCGGCAUGACCUCAAGGGGUUAUGUUGGUCCGGAAUAUGCAGCGGACAACGCUCGCGGCACUUCGCUCUUGCCGGAGGUGACUGUUAAGACCCCCAUCUAUGGCAUGUCAGACACUGCUCGAAUCAAACAUGUAUUGGCUGCCGAAGGCGUCUUCAACGUGGUUUGCGACAUUCCACAGCAAACAGUCAAAGUGCAGUCCAACCUCUCUCCACGAAUGCUCGUGGGACUGAUCCGUCAGGUGACAGGAAGCGCCCAUGUGAUCAACUACGUGGACCCUCUGCAGCCGACUUUCGAAACAACUCAAGAUAGGGUGAGAUAUGCAUACGAUGAUUCAUACUCGUACGAUGGUCGCACAGGUUACGCUCCUGCUUACAGCGCUCCAUAUAACGGCAGAUCCUACGACAAUGAGUUUCGUCCGGGUGGCUAUGCUCGAUAUGGAGGGAACUACUACUGAGCGAUCAGGGAUUUUGUCACCUGACAAAGACAUUACAAUUGUAUGUAUGUAGCCGCAUCUAGAAACAGACAUGGUGUGCACCUGGGCACUCACCUGCCCCUUCAAGGGACCGAUAGUAAGCUCAUGUGUUAAAAUUCUGGGCUGUUUUUCGAAGUGAGGUCUGUGUUAGUUUCAGCCCCACAUUGGGGUCCAACUUCAGUGUUCACUUGAAAUAGGACAUUAUUAGGUGUGCCCCGUGAUCCCGUCAAGAUAUGACAACUUGGGCAACUCUGCGACACAUUUACUAAGUCACAGGAAUGGGAAGUAGGAACAUAUAUUAAGACUAGAUUUGAAUUUUUGGUUGUAUAUGGCCUUUUGGUAUGGUGAUGCUCUUUGAGUAAACUGUAAACGAAGGUGACUGAAAUAGUUCAUUUUGGUCUUUUUUGUCGAGAA